CGCUUCUUUCUGUUCUCCAGCCUUUGGACCUCGGUUUAGUCCCCCUAGUGGCGCCCGGGUCGAAUAGAUAGUCGGCCCUGAGCUCAAAGCCCUCUCGGAAACAGCAGGGGACGCUGUAGGGAACUGUUUCAAGGAGGGGAACCUGGAGAAGGGAGGAGGAAGUGAACUUUGAAAAGGGCAGGCUUACUUUCGGGAUGCAUUUAGUGUAUCAGCUGCUAUAGGCACAGUUCGGGGUGGGGUACAGAUUCAGGAGAUGGGGAGUAGGUAGUAGGCAUGAUGUAUCCUUAGGCCUCAGAAAAUGGGGAAAGUGAGUGUUGAGGUGGGGGAUAGAGAACACGGGGAGGGUGUGUGUGUGUAAUAUUUUUAGAGAAGUGCUUGGACGAGCACGUGUUCUGGCCCACGAAACGGAGAUGCUAGUGCUUAUUGGACGAAGACUACCGAGUUAGAAUUUAGUCCGAAAUUGAGUGGAAAAGAUGGGAUGAGUGUAGGGAAUGAGGUGACCUGGGGGCGGGGACACAAGGCAAAGUAGAGUAGAAUGCUGAGUGGGGGUAUCACUAGAAUGGUCGCAUAGCUCAGAUUCUGGGGGCCGUGGGGAUUGAGGACAUUGUGUUGUAAGGCCCGAGUGACGCUUGGGACUGGGGCCGGGCAUUGAUUGCAGGGGUGGAGUUUAGAAGGCGAGGUCGAGGAGAGAGAGAGAAAAAGGGGAUCCCCUUGGGAAAGCUACGCGGUGUGGGGUCGCUUGGGUCUUAGAUAAGGAAGGAUGACAUAGCAGAAAGUCGGCACUGUUAUCAAGAGCAGGCAAGGCAGGCGGCAGGCGGCGGCGGGCGGCGACGGGCGGGGCCGGAGGAGCAGCGCACCGGCCCUCCAGCACCGGAGAGCCUCAGUUGCCAAUCGCCUCCGCCUUUCUCUCUUAGUCCAGGCUCAGAGCCUGCAGCGCGGCUCGGCGCCUGGGACCAGGGGGCAGAAGUGGAGUGGGGAACCCGGCCCCUUUGCAAAAAAAAUAAACAACGAAGUGGGCGCUGGUGACGCUAGCUGCUUUGCCGGGGGUGGGAGGCGGGUGGCCCAGGUCCGCAUGGCGAGCUUCCCCGGCCGUGGCGGCGGCGGCGUACCCCCGCUGCUGCUGCUGCUGCUGCAGAGGCGGCAAACGCGCGGCUGCUCCUCAGUGUGGGCUCUGGCCGCGGCCCGUUCACCGCUGCCCGGGCGCUCGCGCAGCUGUAGCAGCGGCCCUAGCGCCGCCUCUGGGCCGCUGCCGCCCUCCCCCGGGCAGGCAGCACGGCUUGCACGGCUGCUGGGGUUCCGCGUCGGGGACCCCAGCAAUCGCAGGUGUGGGGCGACCUUCGGCACUGACGCCGGAGACAGGCCGGCUCGGCGAGUCACUACUACUCGGGUCCGGAGCGAGGAUUCGGCGACUGUCGCGGCGGGAAGUGGCGGCGGCGUCCGAGAUGAUUCACUCCAGCACCCUCCAGCCGUCGGAGGCUCCGAAGCUUUGAGGCUCAUGGGUUUGGCGUAUCCCGAGCGCUGGAGGUUAACAGCUGCAGUUGGAUUCCUGACUGUGUCCAGUGUUGUUACCAUGUCGGCUCCCUUCUUCCUGGGGAAGAUUAUUGAUGUCAUUUAUACAUCCCCUACUGGGGACCACGUAAACAGCCUGACCCAGCUCUGCGUCUUUCUGAGUGGAGUGUUUUUGUGUGGUGCUGCUGCUAAUGCAGUUCGUGUCUACCUCAUGCAAACUUCAGGCCAGCGAAUUGUAAAUAGAUUAAGAGGGAAUUUAUUCUCCUCUGUUCUAAAGCAAGAAGUUGCCUUUUUUGACAAGACUCGGACAGGAGAGCUGAUUAAUCGCCUGUCCUCAGACACAGCGCUCCUGGGGCGUUCCAUAACUGAAAAUCUCUCUGAUGGGCUGCGGGCUGGAGCUCAGGCUUCAGUUGGCAUAGGAAUGAUGUUUUUUGUCUCUCCCAAUCUUGCCACCUUUGUUUUGGGUGUGGUACCUCCCAUUUCUAUCAUAGCUGUGAUUUAUGGACGAUAUCUACGAAAAUUGACCAAGAUGACUCAAGAUUCCCUUGCACAAGCCACAGAGCUAGCUGAAGAACGGAUUGGAAACAUAAGAACUGUCCGAGCUUUUGGGAAAGAGCUGAUUGAAAUAGAGAAAUACACCAGCAAAGUGGAUCACGUGAUGCAAUUAGCAAAGAAAGAGGCAUUUGCUCGGGCAGGCUUCUUUGGAGCAGCAGGACUCUCUGGGAACCUGAUUGUACUUUCUGUGCUAUACAAAGGUGGAUUGCUGAUGGGCAGUGCCCACAUGACAGUGGGUGAACUCUCUACCUUCCUAAUGUAUGCUUUCUGGGUUGGAAUGAGCAUUGGUGGUCUGAGUUCUUUCUAUUCAGAAUUAAUGAAAGGCCUAGGUGCUGGAGGACGUCUCUGGGAGCUCCUUGAGAGAAAGCCAGUACUGCCUUUUAAUGAGGGUGUUGUGUUAAAUGAAGAGACUUUUCAGGGUGCUCUGGAGUUCAAAGGAGUCAAUUUUGCUUAUCCAGUUCGCCCAGAGGUGAAGAUUUUCCAAGAUUUUAGCCUUUCAAUUCCAUCUGGCUCUAUCACAGCACUUGUUGGCCCAAGUGGCUCAGGGAAAUCCACAGUGGUGACACUUUUACUAAGAUUAUAUGAUCCUGUCUCUGGAACUAUCAGUAUUGAUGGUCAGGAUAUCCGUCAAUUAAAUCCAGCCUGGCUGAGAUCUAAGAUUGGGACAGUGAGUCAGGAGCCCAUUCUGUUCUCUUGUUCGAUUGCUGAAAACAUUGCUUAUGGUGCUGACGACCCUUCCCUCGUGACUCCGGAACAGAUCCAGAAGGUUGCCGACAUAGCCAAUGCUGCUACUUUCAUCAACAGUUUUCCCCAAGGUUUCAAUACUGUGGUUGGGGAAAAGGGUGUUCUGCUUUCAGGUGGGCAGAAGCAACGUAUUGCAAUUGCUCGUGCUCUACUAAAGAAUCCCAGAAUUCUUCUACUGGAUGAAGCAACUAGUGCACUGGAUGCUGAAAAUGAGUAUCUUGUACAAGAAGCUUUAGAUCGAUUAAUGGAAGGAAGGACAGUGCUGAUUAUUGCCCAUCGCCUGUCUACCAUUAAAAAUGCUAACAUGGUUGCUGUUCUUGACCAAGGGAAAAUUACUGAAUGUGGAAAACAUGAAGAACUUCUUUCAAAUCCAGAUGGACUAUAUAGAAAAUUAAUGAAAAAGCAAAGCUUUAUUUCAGCAUAAUGAAAUAUACAAUAUACAUUGAAUCUGUGCCAGAGACUUUAAAACAAAGUAGCAAACAGAAUAAAAAGCUUGAAGGAUAUCUACAAAAUCUAUAAUUUAAGCUUCAAGUUAUUUGAAAUAUAUAUUUUUGCAAGGUGUACAAAAUACUGUUUUGAAACUUAACUGUGUUCAAAACCUUUUUAUUCAGAGUUUUAAUAAUUAUUGUAACUUUCUAAAUGUCUAAACCACCAAAAUUAUUCUAUGGUUUUAUAUUAUUUCUUUGACUUGUUAUAUUCUAGAAUAUAGUGUGGCAUAUAAUUUUCUUUCACCCUGUGUUAUAUACAUUGGAACCAUUGUCAAAUGACAUUUUUAAAAAAGGAAAUUUAAGAGACUGAUUACUGUAGGCUAAUUUGAUCUUUUGUGUAAUUUCCUAAGCAGUUUUCUGCCUGCUUCAUGGCCUAAUUGCAUUCCUGGGAGAGCUAUAUAAAAUGAGAAACCAACCCUUUUAAAAACCUACUUUAUUGAGUCUUUUUUUCCCCUUUUUAUAUAACUUUUCAUUCUAAGCAUUCUUCCUGGCCUCCAGUAGAACCCUCCAUUGUAAGAAUGUAUCCUGAAGCACAUCAGUACAUUGGCCAUGACUGAUAAAAUAUGUGCCUCAUUUUUAAUCUGUAAUCCACAUUUUUUUCCCCCAGAAAGCAAAGGCAGCCUUGAUGGAAGGCAGACUUCACUUUGAUUCCUCUGAAAUUAUGAGUCUUUGUAUCGAUCAGGGUUCUGAUGUUUUUCAAUGUUGUCUUUUUUUUCAUUACUGUGGUCAUUGUAUUAACUGUAUGUGCUAAUAAGCUUCGCUACUUAAUUUAAAGAACUAUAUGUAAAAUUAGAAGCUUAAGAUAGGUAAAGGGUGAGUUGUUAUUUAUCCACAUUGUCUUCUGGUUCAAAGGAUCUGUAAAUUUUUUUGGAACUAUAUGGGGCAGACUGAAGAGUUGAUAUUUGGUCUUAACAGUUUCAAAAUAGGUGGAAAUCAUUCAAUAUAUUUUUACUCUAUACAUGUACAUGUUACUACAAAUGCUUUGGGAAACAAGACAAAACUACCACAUAGCUAUCAGUUCUCCACUUGAUAUCAUGCAAUGAACUUCACUUACAUAUAGGUUGAGGACUCUUGAUGAAUUACCCCAAAACUGAGUAAUUACGUAAGCAAACCAAAAUCUUUGUAUUACACUGGUUAAAUUCCUUGUAAUUUAAGACUGAAACAGUAAGAUUUUCAACCUGGAAACAUUUGGAGAUCUUUUAUUUUUAGUGUCUUUUGUUUUAUAAGACAAUAAUUAUAAUUUUUCUGAACAAAAAACUUAAAUAGUCUAUUUUUCUUUCAUUCAAAACAGUAGUCUUAUAUCUCAAAUCCCUAAAAAAAAAGUUGGAAAUCAUUGGACUUAUUUUCCAUAUCAGUACUAUUAAUUUUCAUGAUGCCUCAAAAUGUGCUGUUUGUACUCAUUUUAAGUUGGUGAAAAUUCUGAAAUGAUUUUUUUAAAUUAAAGUUUUCCUACAUGCUA